UGAGUUUGGUCAGUCAUAGUAACGCGUGUCGUUGGAUAUACAUUUGCUCGUUUGUCGCGUGUCGCGAGAAGGGUCGUGACGAGCGGGGAGGAGUAGAAGGAGAGGAGCGGUAGGUUGCGCGAGUUAUUGAAAAGUGUUCGCUUCCUUUGAGAACAGGCAAAUUCGGUUUUGCGUUGGUCAGAAACGUCGACGAACGAACGAACGAACGAACGAACGAACGAACGAACGAACGAGCGAGCGAGCGAGCGAGCGAGCGGUCGACCAAGGAACUCGCGUUUUUUUCCUCGCUCUUUCUCUCUCUCUCUCUCUCUCUCUCUGCUUAUGCGAAAGCGCGCGCGCAAUAUCAUCUCUCUCCCUCUUACUCAAUUUUCGCCCUCCCGUUCCCCACUCUUCGGGCGCUGCACCAAGCUAAAGAAUAAAGAGAAGGAGAAGGAGAACGAAGCAAGCGAAAGAAGAUCCAAAGGAAGGUGGAGGUAGAAAAGAGCUUUAGUAAACGUUUCGGAGCUGUCGUCCGUUUCCUCAGUUUUAUGAUAAUCGUUCUAAGGUGUGGAUGUACGCGAUAUAAAAAGGCCGAGAAGAAAGGAGAAGGAAAUAGAUAGGCAGACAGAUAUAUAUAUAUAUAUAGAGAGAGAGAGAGAGAGAGAGAGAGAGAGAGAGGGAGGGAGAGAGAGGAAAAGCAGAUAGGCGCUCGAGACGUCAGAGAAAAAAGCCGGAGAGAGAUAGAUCGAGAGAAAUAAGUGACUCGAUUAGAUCGAUCGUAGAAUUUUUCUGGCGAAAGACUCGGUGGACUUUAUGUGUUCGAUCAGGUGACAGGAAGGAAGUCGCGAGAGAGGUAAGGUGCCGUGUCGCUACGAGAAUCGGAGAUUCCUCUGGAAGUGAGCCGAGAAGAAGAAAACGGGACAGAGGCAGAGGACACAGAGAAAACGGACGAGAAGAGAAAAAAAGAAAAAAACAGAUCUGAAUCAAGAUGACGAAUAUCGUGGCUGAUUUGAUUCAUGGCUACAGGGAUCUCAUGGACAAUAAGUCCGAUCCUAGGGUAAACGACUGGGUGAUGAUGAGCAGUCCCUUCCCAACGAUGGCCAUAUGCCUGUUUUACGCAUACUUUAGUAAAGUAAUAGGACCGAAGUUGAUGGAAAACAAAAAACCGUUCAAUCUUCGACGUAUCCUAAUCGUUUACAAUCUCGUACAGACCCUCUUUUCCACAUGGAUCUUCUACGAGUAUUUGAUGAGUGGCUGGGCGAGAGGAUACAGCUUUCGUUGUCAGCCAGUCGACUACUCGACCAGUCCUUUAGCGCUCAGGAUGGCGAACACAUGUUGGUGGUAUUACUUCAGCAAAUUCACCGAAUUCUUCGAUACGCUGUUCUUUAUCCUGAGAAAAAAGAAUCAACACGUGUCCACCCUUCACGUGAUACACCACGGCGUGAUGCCCUUUUCCGUAUGGAUGGGAAUGAAGUUCGCACCGGGUGGUCAUAGUACAUUCUUCGCCCUCUUGAACACUUUCGUCCACAUAAUCAUGUAUUUCUAUUACAUGGUCGCGGCGAUGGGCCCGCAAUAUCAGAAGUACAUAUGGUGGAAAAAGUACCUCACAACGCUACAAAUGGUGCAGUUUGUAUUGAUCAUGAUGCACCAGUUUCAGUUGCUCUUCACGGAUUGCGACUAUCCUCGAAGCUUCAUGAUCUGGAUAAGUCUCCAUGGUUUCCUCUUCUUUGGUCUUUUCUCGGACUUUUAUAAAACAAAAUACACAGUUCAGAAAUCGAGGAGUAGGAUGGCAAACGGCACGAACAACGGUGCGUGCAUGCCCGUCCUCGACGAUUAUCCGACUAAGUCAAAGCAAAACGGUAUAUCGACGUACGCGACCAUCUACAACAAAGAGUACAACAGUUGUUACAGCAAUGGCACCAACAACGGCUACGUGGCGAACAACAACACCGAAAAGAAGCUCGCUUAGGGCCGUGCCGUCACAUCUCGAAGAAAGUUCAAAGACUUGCUUCGAGACGCGAAAGAUCCGCUCGUCUCAUCGAAUUUUACAUUCCGUUAACAGCAAAUAAUACGCGUUGACGCAACGUAGACGACAGUCGCUGCCAAAUGAUCGCACAUUGUCCGCCAUAGACGAGAUAGAGAGACGGAUGAGGAAGUGACGAUUUUUUUUCAGGGAGAGAGAGAGAGAGAGAGAGAGAGAGAGAGAGAAAAUAGUCCACGUCGAUGGGUUCGUCGAAGAAAAAACGCACCUUUCUUUUCUUGCUUCAGCUUGAUCCAUCAUUUUCCAUAAUAACAUUGGCGAUACGACUUUUCGUAGAAAACGACGUUUCGUCUAACGUCACGUACGUACCACGUCCAUUAUUUACGCGACACUUUGUUUCGGUGUCGUGACGCUAAAAAGAAAGAAGAUGGUAGAAUUGUUGCGUUUAAUUUUUCGUCAAAAGGACGAAAGACUCGAUUCUCAAAUAACGAGGGAUACGUAGUAGAGCGGACAUGGAUACGUGUCCGAGAGGACGAGCGGAUUACAAGGGCGAAACGCGCACAAUUGUAAAAAGAUAAGAAAAAAAAAGAAAAAAGAAAAAAAAAGAAAAAGAAAGAAAACUAAAAGGAACAAAAAAAAAAAAGAAAAUUUGAAAGAAAAGAAGUCACGCCCUUGCUUCGCGUGCGUUUCUUCUUUUUUUCUUUUUUUCGUCUUUUGUAAGCUGCCGUUGCACGUCCAACUAACAUAAACGUGUGAUGUUUCAUAUGUGAUUUUAAGCUAUUAUGGCUGGUAAAAGGGUUGGGUAGGUGGAUGGGUGGGAGGGUUGGUUGGGUAAGGGAAAUCAUCUUUGGAAUCUUGCACGCCAACGCGUUUACGUGUUGCACGGGCGUGCGCGCGUUCACCUACACUUUCACGUAGGACAUAGACAUAAGAUAUUAUACAUGGAAAAUCGAUCACUAUCCCGAACUCUACUUCUCGUUUCAUCAUCAUCGGAAUCAUUCUUGUCUUGUCCGCGUCUCUCUAUUGCCCUUAUUGUGUUCAAAGGCUUUGAUGUUGGAUCGUAGAGUUAAGCGUUUGCCCUUUGCGUGCGCGCGCGCAUUCGAGGAUCGCGCGAUAAGGUGCUGAUUCUAAGUUACUAUAGCGUUUCUAAUAGCGCGUAUUAAUGCUUGGAGAAGAGGGGGGAGGAGUCCAUUUUCAAUGGAAAUUUUCGAUCGUUCGAUGAGAUCGCUGGAAAAGGACAAAUUCGAGUGCUGGAUUUAAGGAACCAUCGUACUUUCGAGCCUGCCUGCCUGCCUGCCUGCCUCUCUGUCUGUCUGUCUGUCUGUCUGUCUGUCUGUCUGUCUGUCUGUCUGUCUAUUUAUCCGUUGUUUAUGAUAAUUUCUCUCUCUUUCUCUUUUUCCUUCUUCGUUCGUACGUGUUCACGUAUCUCUCCUCGUGCUCAACUCCAAAUUUCAGAAAAAUCUUUUCGUAUUGUUUGCCGCAUAUUUGGGUGAAGCGUCGAAAAUUAUUUUUCUUUUCCUUUUCUUUAUUUUUGCUUUUUUAUUUUUUUUUUUGUUUUUUUUUCUGUUUUUUUUUUUUUUUUUUUUUUUUUUUUUUUUUAUCAUACAUGGGUACGCGUAUGAAUAUGAAAGCACCAAACGUAAAGCGAGGCUCCGAUAAGGAUCGACCAAAUUCAUACUUUCCGCGUUUUAUGCGAUUAUCGCGAAGAUACGAGCGAAGAAUCGAUAUAAACAUGCAAUCGAUUGGUAUUUGUCGAUUGUAUCAUCAUCUCGUAAUAUUACACGUACGUGUGGUAAAUAGAGGAGAGAGAAAAAAUUGAAACGUUUAUAAAUUAUAAACUUGCACUGAAAUCGUCGACAUUUGUACACUCCCUGUUUUAAUGAAUGUUUUAUUCAUGAAUGUAGAAAAAUUGAAUGUGGAGUAAAUAUUCGACGGGUACAUAUAUGUAACGUGUAUCUCGAUCGCUUUUUCAUUUUUUCUUUUUCCUCUUCACGUUCUCUCUUUUCGGUCGGUCAUUUUGAUCCAUAAUUCGACGUCGGCGUUUUCAACCGAUCAAAAAGUUUAGCGAUUACUUAAUACCUUCUUUUUUACGACUUGAUCGCAGCAGUGCAAGCACUUGUCCUCUUUUCGUCGCACAAGCGUUCAGGCAUACGCGAAUACGUGGGAGAAAGAAAACGGAAAAGAAUUUGACCACUUGACUGUCGACCUGGAUUAUAAACUAUAUAUGUAUGUCAGCGAUUUCAUUCUACAAGCUGUUUGUAAAUUCCGCAUGUUAGAAGCGAGCGAGAGAGAAAGAGAGAGGGGUGGGGGGAAGGAGAGAGGAGAAGCAAACGCAAGAAUAAGUAGGCAAAAGUUGAGAAAAUUAAGGCAGAAAGCGCUUUUUUUCUUCCUUCAAAACAUAAGGAAGCGGAAGCUUCUCGCGUGUCGAAGACAGGCGUGUACCCGAAGGAUCUUUUGAAUGUUUGAAAAAGAAAAAAUAACGAAAUUACAAAGAUUACUUUUCGAUGGCGUAUUCGCGCGGAAAAAUUCGAAUCGAUUAACUAGCUGAAAGUGAAGUAUCAGACGCUCAUGGAUUGGUCUAGGCACAAAUGGAAUUUAUUUCUCGCGCAAACGCGAAACGAUUCGCGUCGGAAGAUCUUCGCGUCUUUUCUUUUCUUAUCCUAGCUAUUAAAAGGAUAAAUGAAAAUGCACGCGGAAGGGCAGACUCGACUCUGUAUCGAUUUAUAGAGAAGGACCGAUAUAUCUUUGUACAUAUAUAUAAUAAAAAAAGGGGGAAAAAAAAGAUACGAAUACGGUAUACGUAUAAAAAUGAUUAUAACGAAACUUUAGAAUCGAUCGAUAGUGUAAAGAGAAUCGUUCAAAGAAGAAAUAGAGGAUUAAAUGUAAUAAUAUUGGCGAUCGAUCGUCCUUGACUACCGUCGAGAAUGACGGACCGCUCGACUAAAUGAGACCAGGAAGGACGAUUGCAUGCGUCUAUCUAUUGUCGCGUACCUAAUGUUAUAAGAAUACGAACUCUGUAGCGGUUACCGAUUCUCAUUAUAUUUUUGUACAUAAUUGGGAAGAAUUGCUCGAGAAUAAAAGGAGAUUGAAGAAACGACGACGUCUCCCGUGAGGUCCUUGCGGGUAAGAGAGAGAGAGCGAGAGAGCGAGAGAGCGAGAGAGCGAGAGAGCGAGAGAGAGAGAGAGAGAGAAGGCAGUCCUCGUCGAUGGAUUCAUCGUUGGAAAACGCACCUUUCUUUUCUUACAUUGUUCCGUACGAAGUGCUGAGAGGGAAAAAAAGAAGAUCGUUGGUUAAACUAUUCGUCAAAGAGCGGAAAGACUCAAAUAAAGAGAGAGAGAGAGAGAGAGAGGAAAGUGACCAAUAUCGGACCUCUGGUCUCGUAUAACUUUCUUAUCGUUAACGUUAAAAUUCAACAAUUGUCCGAAGAUUCGCCUCGACAGAAUUAAUAAAAAAAAGUACAUACUAGCGGAAAGCAUUAUCGAAUUUUGGAAAAAAAGUGUCAAAAACGAUAGUUUGGAUAAAGUGUUCCAAGGUCGGAUCCAUUAUUUCUCGUAUAUUAAGACUGGCUAAUAAAAAUCUUAAAUCCCAUGUAAAAUAUUAAAAAAGACUUUGGUUAUGCGAUAGAAUCACUUAUUUAAACGCACGAGGGAAUAUUUUGGAACAUGGAAACACUUAGAAAAUUGAAUAUAACAAGAAUAAAUUUUAAAUCUUUGUUAAUUUUGUUUGCCGCAAAUAUAUUUAUUUUCUUUA